CGGAGGGAGGUGUUUAUGAGGCGCUGGGGGCGGAGGAGGAGAAUUAGUCCGAGUGGAGAGAGCGAGCUGAGUGGUUGUGUAGUCGAGUCCCGGAGACCGGUAGCGCUUGCAGCAUGGCUGACCAGCUGACUGAAGAGCAGAUUGCAGAAUUCAAAGAAGCUUUUUCACUAUUUGACAAGGAUGGUGAUGGAACUAUAACAACAAAGGAGUUAGGAACUGUAAUGAGGUCUCUUGGGCAGAAUCCCACAGAAGCAGAGUUACAGGACAUGAUUAAUGAGGUGGAUGCUGAUGGUAAUGGCACAAUUGACUUCCCGGAAUUUCUGACAAUGAUGGCAAGAAAAAUGAAAGACACAGACAGUGAAGAAGAAAUUAGAGAAGCAUUCCGUGUGUUUGAUAAGGAUGGUAAUGGCUAUAUUAGUGCAGCAGAGCUCCGCCAUGUGAUGACAAACCUUGGAGAGAAGUUAACAGAUGAAGAGGUUGAUGAAAUGAUCAGGGAAGCAGAUAUUGAUGGUGAUGGUCAAGUAAACUAUGAAGAGUUUGUACAAAUGAUGACAGCAAAGUGAAGACAUUGUACAGAAUGUGUUAAAUUUCUUGUACAAAAUUGUUUAUUUGCCUUUUCUUUGUUUGUAACUUAUCUGUAAAAGGUUUCCCCCUAUUGUCAAAAAAAAUAUGCAUGUAUAGUAAUUAGGACUUCAUUCCUCCAUGUUUUCUUCCCUUAUCUUACUGUCAUUGUCCUGAAACCUUAUUUUAGAAAAAUUGAUCAAAUAACAUGUUGCAUGUGGCUUACUCUGGAUAUAUCUAAUAAGCCCUUCUGCACAUCUAAACUUAGAUGGAGUUGGUCAAAUGAGGGAACAUCUGGGUUAUGCCUUUUUUUUAAGUAGUUUUCUUUAGGAACUGUCAGCAUGUUGUUGUUGAAGUGUGGAGUUGUAACUCUGCGUGGACUAUGGACAGUCAACAAUAUGUACUUAAAAGUUGCACUAUUGCAAAACGGGUGUUUUAUCCAGGUACUCGUACACUAUUUUUUUGUACUGCUGGUACUGUACCAGAAACAUUUUCUUUUAUUGUUACUUGCUUUUUAAACUUUGUUUUAGCCACUUAAAGAAAAUCUGCUUAUGGCACAAUUUGCCUCAAAUCCAUUCCAAGUUGUAUAUUUGUUUUCCAAUAAAAAAAAUUACAAUUUACCCAA